UUUCGAAAUAACCGAGUUUUUAACCAAUUACGCACUGAAACUCCUGUAUAUUAAUAUGAUUGUACUAAUUUCAGUUGAUCGCUUGUUGGGCCUCGCUGGCCGCCCUGGUAGAGUGCGGGCAUUUGUCCUCUCAUUCUGUCCACACUGACCUCACGCCGCCCAUCUCUUCCGGAGGAUACGGCUACGGUGCUCCAGCCAUCCACUUGGAGGCCGGCCACGGCUCUGGAAUCGGCAUUGGUAGCGGAAUCGGAGGCGGUCUUGGAGGCGGUUACGGAGGCGGUUAUGGAGGAGGAUUUGGUCCAGGUUCUGGAUUCGGUGGAGGACCAGGAUUCGCUGCUGGACCCGGAGGAUUAGCCGGUGGACCGGGUAGCAUCGGCAUUGGUAUUGGCAUCGGAACGGGCGGUCUAGGUGGAGCAGGACCUCUAGGAGCUGGAGGACUUGGUGGUCUGGGAGGUAAUCUUGGAGGCCCAGGUUUCGGACCAGGAGGCUCAGCAUUCGGACCAGGAGGCCCAGGUUUCGGACCAGGAGGUCCAGGUUUCGGACCAGGAGGUCCAGGCGUCGGAUUUGGUGGACCAGGCAGAGUUGAGAACGCAGGCACUACUUAUUCUGAACAGACCCAUACUGUCAACAUCCCAGUACCACAACCUGUCCCAGUCCCAGUCGACAGACCCUACCCAGUGCGUGUACCAGUACCCAGGCCAUACGACGUCCCACGACCAUUCCCCGUUGAAGUACCACAGCCCGUCAGAGUAGAAGUACCAAGGCCGUUCCCUGUACAUGUCCCAAGACCAUACCCAGUACCGGUCACCAUCAAGCAGUUCAUUAAAGUACCAACUCCAGUCCACGUGACCGUUCCCAAGCCAUACAAUGUGAUAAUACCGAAACCAUACCCAGUUUCAGUACCAACAAAAGUAGCUGUAGAUGUUCCAGUACCAGUAAAAGUACACACUGACUCUCACAUCGGACUUGCUGCCAGCGGUGCCUCUGGUGCUUUUGGAGGAUUUGGAGGAGGUUAUGGAGGUGGUUUCGGAGGUGGAUUCGGCUUUGGAGGAGGUUCAGGACUUGGAGGGUUCAGCAGCAUUCAUCAUGAUCACCACGAUGACCAUCAUCACCAUCAUCAUCAUUGAUUAG